UUCUCCCUCUCCCUCUCUCUCUCUCUCUCUCUUUCUCUCUCUCCGACGAGCCCUCGCCGUGGGAGACGAGGAAGGAGACGAAGAAGAGGAAGGAGACUCCUCUCUUUCCCUCUCGUCUUUUCUCUCUCUAGGGAGCUGAGGAUGAUCGAGAAUAACCCCGAAAGCGUCAAGCGAUACGCUCCUCCCGUACACAGGAAUCGGUCGCUCAACAGGCGCAAAUCGGGAGAUAGAUUUGAGAAAACUAAUAACUCAUAUGGGUCUGAUGGGGAGAAGAAUCAACCAUCUUACUCAAAAAAUUUAACUACUGUAAAUCAUGGAGAUCCUGGUGUCAGCAGUAUUCGAAAUGAAAGCACUCACUCUGGAUUAAUACCAAUGGAGGGUUGUUGUACCAGUGAGGCUGCACAGCUUCUAACUGAGCGUUGGGCAGCUGCUAUGCACUCUUGCAAUGAUCCAUCAACUGAUUCAUCUGAGAAGCCUGUUAUAUAUUCUGGAGCUAGUGGGUCAUCAUGGGGUCACCUGAAACUCCCUCAUCAGAUGGACUUCCUAGGGGAACUACAACGAGCAUUAAGUGCUCAAGCUGGUGCAGUGCCGACUGCCGGAUAUCCUAACUGAUUCAAUAGAAAAAUCUUGUAGUUCUAAUGUACUGAAAAAUCCUUAAAAGGGAGUCCUUUUGUGUGUUCAUCUUCGAAACUUUUACGGAGAUAAUUCUCUAUCUGUAUCAAGCUGUUCAAUUUAACACAUCGUUUUAUGUGUUCCUCUUUGCUACUUUGACAUGGAUUAUUCUCUCUGUAUCAAAAGCUGUAGUUAACAUUACACAGAUGGCAUGAAGAUGCUUGCCGUGUUGUAGUCGGAACAAGAAGAGAUGGAUUACAGAACUUACAUUUUUAAUUCAUUGCAGAAGUUUGCAUUUCU